CCUAGCCUUGGUUGUGGUGGAGAAGGAGGUAAGCCAACUCGAGAAGGACCACGUUCAGAGCGUAUAUGAGAAAAUUGCUCCUUUCAAUGGCGCACACUACAAGGCGUGGCCAAAGGUGCAGCAGUUCAUGUCGGAGCAGGAACCAGGCAGCCUAAUUGCUGAUAUUGGCCGCAGAAAUGGCAAAUACCUUCACAUCAAUUCUCAAGUCUAUAAACUGGGUUGCGACUACUGUUUCCCAUUGGUGGAAUCAGCACAAAAUGAAGGCCGUGAAGUAAUGGUAUGCCAUAGCUUGUAUCUGCCUUAGAGAAGUGAGUGCUUUGAUGCUGUCCUGUCCAUUGCUGUGAUUCACCAUUUUUCAACAGGAGAGAGGCGCAUGCGAGCAAUAAAAGAGAUGGCUUGCAUCUUGAGAGUAGGAGGCCAGAUAAUGAUAUAUUUGUGGGCAAUGGAGCAAAACCAGAGAAGAUUUGAAAAGCAAGACGGCUUUGUUCCUUGGAAUCCUUCACCCCCUUCCUGCUCCUCAGAUUCUAUUCAUGGUUGCAGCGGAGUCUGUUUACCUGACCUGAUUUCACAUCAGAAAGAAUUAGCUGUCAGACAACAACUUAAAAUCGACCGUCACCCGAAACAAGGAGCUUUCUGCCAACCUCAGAACAAAAGGAAAAGAGGCUCUUCUCCACAGAAAGAAGUCAAUGAGUGCACCCUGACCAUGCAGAGAAGACAGCAGAUGGGUCCUGGUGGGGCGUGGUUGGGGUACUACUACAUUUUUAAAGAAGGGGAGCUGGCUGAGCUGAUAGAGCGUCACAUUCCUGAGCUACAUAUUACUCACUCAUACUUUGACCAUGCCAAUUGGUCCGUGAUCACAGAGAAGACUGAAGUGUGGAAGAUACAGGGGAAAUUUCCUGAUUGA